AUGCCACUAGUUGAUUUCAACACUAAGCUCGUCGCCGACGUGGACUGCACGGCGGCCGGCGACAAGCUCUGCGAGACGCACGGCAUCAAGGGCUUCCCGACGAUCAAGUGGGGUGACCCGAACGGCGAGCUCGAGGCGUACGAAGGCGGCCGCGACGAGGAGUCGCUCAUGAAGUUCGCGACGGAGAACCUGGGCCCGGUACGCCCCCGCGCAUGAUAUCUGCUCGACGGCGCGCACUGACUCGCUGUUCGAUUUCCACACAGGUCUGCUCGCCGGGCAACAUCGAUGUCUGCGACGACGCGCAGAAGAAGUUGAUUGCCAAGUACCAGGCCAUGGACGCCGACGCCCUGACGAAGCUCAUCGAUGGGAAGGAGAAGGAGCUCGCCGACGCAGAAAAGGCGUUCAGCGACGCCGUCAGCGAGCUCCAGGCAACCUACGAGAAGCUCAGUAAGGAAAAGGACGAGACGAAGGAGCGGAUCAACGACGACGACUUCAAGUUCGCGAAGGCCGUGAAGAAGGCGGCGGUCAAGGCCUCCGCGACCGACGAGCUCUAA